UUUUUGAAGUUCUGCGCGUGCCAUCCCCUGGGAGUAGUUUGCUCUUCGCUGCCCCGAGUGUUUCAUUUCCGACAGCGGUGCUCGGGAAAGGCUCGACUCGGUGUUUGCCCCCCUGUCAAGAGAAGCGGGGCUGCUGCUGCUGCUGCUGCUGCUCCAUCUCCUGCUUAUGAAAAAGCUGUUUUGGUUCGAGUGCCGGCUUCUCAAUCCCGCUGUGGGUCCAGACAGGCAGCCACGAUGGUUGUCCCGAGCUCUCCUGGCGGGUCUCCUCAGAAAAGCUCGGCGAUCCAAUAUAGCGAGGUGGCGCGCGUAGCCUUGUCGGGUGGCCAGUUCGACGCCAGGAGUCUCCUGAAAAGGCCUCGGCCGACUGGGGACGAAGAGGAGGACGAUCGUCUGACCAAGAUCUUCCACAACAAGAUUAAGCUCUUGGACGUGUUGAACCAGAGGGAGGACUUAGUCGAGGGCGCGCGGGACUGGACGGAGAACAAGAUGCUGGGCAUCACCAGCGCGUCCAAGGCCGCAGCGGAAGCUAGGAAGUCUCCGACAUGGCCCGGCACGUACAUGUACUUGGAGAAGGUUGCGAAGUAUUGGCGCGCAGACUGGGUCAUCAAGCACUUCGCCCGUUACGGUGCGUCCGAGCAGUGGGUCUUGGCCUUGGACGCCUCCUCCAACACGGGCAUCAUGGAGCUCACCGACUUCCCCCUGGCGCAGCACGGGAAGAUGAAACUGCCCAGGGCCAUGCUGGACAAGGAGAUCAAUGACGGCGUCUGGGUGGUGCGUCUUCAGAAAUUCGGCCGCCUGUCCGAGGAGUGGCUCAAGCUCGUAACGAACAACUUCGAGAUGCCUCCGAAGCUCUACUGGGGGAAGCCGAAGGCUGGGUGCUACUGGGUGGAGCGCGCAGCCGACGGUAAGUUUCUGAUCGUGCACAUCACCGGGGACAAGGCGCCGGCCCCAUCGUACUGGACCAUUGAUGUGGACAACAUUCGCAUCCUUGACAAUGCGUACGAUUUCCAGGCCGCCUUGCUCCUCGGCGACGACCCCAACGACAAGGGGGAGAAUUUGGCGAAGAGGUUCGCCAAGGGAAAGGGGCCCUGGCGGUCCGAGAUCGUCGAUGCCAAGGGGGCCCUCUACAAGGAGAUGGCCGAGGGCCACGCCAAAAAGGCGCAAGAGGAGAAGGACAGGCUUGCGAAGGCGGCGGCCGCUGGCCCCAGGAGCAUCGCUGAGGACAUCGAGUCCCAGGCAAAGAAGCGCAAGUCUGAUCAGGCAAAGCUUGCUUUGCAGAAGCGGAUGCCGAAGAGGAAGGUCGUGGCGACUGGCUCCAUCGUCCAGGCCGCCGAGGACCCGCUCGCCUCCGCGCAGCCCCUCGGCGACGGGGGAGCGGCGGACGCACCGGCGGCGGCCGCGCCAGCGGCGGCAGCGGCGGCGGCAGCGGCCGCUGCGUCGGAGGAGGAGUCCUGAGAGUAGCAGUUGGGCAAGAAGUUUGGAUUCUUGAGAGGGCGUACGAGAGCCUGCCGCAAUCGUCAGCGGGCUCCUCGCGUCUGCCUGCAGCGGGGGCGCCACACAGAUGUGUGCGCGCGUGCGGGUGGGCCGCAGCUCAUCGGCCGAGCUGCGACCAGUGCUUGCUUGUAGCCAGUGGGGAGUUUGCAAAAUCUGGAGCGGGAGCGGGCGCGCCCGCCAGGGGGAAAUAUUAUGCCAGUGUCUUCGUCGGCUGCUUGCUUCGAGUCUGAGCGGGG